UAUUAAGAACAAAAUUUAGGUGACCAACUCGACUGGCCAAAGUUGGAAUUGUUCGUCUCAAUGGCCGAGCAACUACACUUCGUGUUGAUCCCGCUCAUGGCGCAAGGUCAUAUGAUUCCUAUGAUUGACUUGGCCAAGCUUCUUGCAGAACGAAGGGUGAUGGUAAGCUUAAUCACUACGCCCCACAAUGCGUCCAGGUUCGACUCGGUCAUCCAACGAGCUACCCAAUCAGGGCUUCAGAUCCAAGUAGUGAAAAUCCCAUUUCCAUGCCGGGAAGUCGGACUCCCUGUGGGAUGCGAGAACCUUGACACUUUGUCUUCCAGGGAUCUAUUGAAAAGGUUCUACAAUGCACUCGGAAUGUUGCAAGAACCAUUGGAACGAUUCCUGGAGCAACAAAAGCCGCUUCCCAGCUGCAUAAUAUCAGAUAAGUGUCUUUCCUGGACCUCCAAAACUGCUGAAAGGUUUAACGUUCCCAGGAUUGUUUUCCAUGGGAUGGGCUGUUUUUCAUUGCUGUGCUCUCACAAUGUGAAGCUUCACAAGGCUCAUCUUUCGGUUGCUUCGGAUACGGAACCGUUCGUGGUGCCGGGAUUGCCACAAAUGGUGGAGAUAACAAGGGCUCAACUUCCUGGAGCAUUUGUUAGUCUGCCAGACCUGGACGAUGUUCGGAACAAGAUGCAAGAGGCCGAAAUGAGUGCUUUCGGUGUUGUCAUAAACAGCUUCAAUGAACUAGAGCAAGGGUGCGUGGAAGAGUACCAGAAGGCUAUAAAAAAAAAGGUUUGGACCAUUGGACCGGUUUCUUUAUGCAACAGGAUAAACUUGGACAAAUUUGAAAGAGGAAACAAAGCAUCGAUCAAGGAACAAAAAUGCAUGAAAUGGCUCGACUCGAAGGAACCAAGGUCAGUUAUUUACGCUUGCCUGGGUAGCCUAUGCCGUCUAGUUCCAGCACAACUGAUAGAACUGGGGUUAGGUCUAGAAGCAUCACAACAACCAUUCAUUUGGGUAGUCAAAACAAGCGAUGAAAGAGCUGAGGAGCUAGAGAAGUGGUUUUCAGAGCAGAAAUAUGAGGAGAGGAUCAAAGGGAGGGGGCUUUUGAUCAAGGGUUGGGCUCCACAAGUUCUUAUUUUAUCCCACCCUGCAGUAGGAGGGUUCAUAACUCACUGUGGUUGGAAUUCAACCAUAGAAUCUGUAUGCUCCGGGGUGCCAAUGAUAACAUGGCCUCAAUUCUCGGAACAAUUCUUUAACGAAAAACUCAUCGUCCAAAUUCUGAAGAUCGGAGUUGGGGUUGGGGUUGAAGUCUCCGUUAGAUGGGGUGAAGAAGAGAAACUGGGGGUGUUGGUGAAGAAACAUCAAGUUGAGAAAGCCAUAGAUAUGUUGAUGGAUGGAGGUGAAGAAGGCGAAAACAGAAGAGUUCGAGCACGAGAGCUUGCUGAAAUUGCAAGGAAGUCUCUGGAAAACGGUGGAUCAUCCUACUGCAACAUGUCACUCUUAGUAAGAGACAUAUUGGAGGAAAUCACUAAGUCUCCGUAACACCCUCCAUCUGCAGGUUUAAUUUAAACGUUCGUAAACCAUUACAAAAAGUUGGAUUUCCUCUUUUCUUUUCUCUCGGAAGGCCUUUGAAUGUAUAAUUGCGAGUAACCUCUAAACAAUUUCUAUUUUAAUACCUUCAUUAUUGUUCAAGUAAUCUUCUUGUCUAUGUAAGUUCAAGUGAACUUCAAAUCA